GACCUGGUGCGGGAUUGGAAGCUACAGACGAGGUUCUGCAGCGGAUCCGUCGAGCACGUCCGGUACUCGUCGCAGGGCCUCGGUCCGAACCAGCGCCCGCAGCCGACCGUCGAGGCCUGGAACAGACAGCGCGAGCUCGGGAGCGGCACCUUCGGCACGGUAUGGCUGGAAGAGUGCCUGUCGGACCCGGCUCGCGGCCAGCUGCGCGCCGUCAAGGAGAUCCGCAAGGGCAGCUCCUCCCCCCUUGUCCCCGGCGGCGCUGCCGUAGACUACGAGCGCGAGCUCGAGGCCGUCGUCAAGUUCUCCCAGGACACGUACGUGCGCUGCUUCGUCCGCUCGCUGGGCUGGUUCGAGAACGACUCGGCCGUCUACAUCGCCAUGGAGUACAUCGAGCGAGGCGACUUGCAAGGCUGCCUCACCCAUCCUUUCCCCGAGAAGGACACGUGCGCCAUAGCCUCUCAGCUGGUUGAGGGGCUGCAGUUUAUGCACAACAACGGCUCUGCUCACAGAGACCUCAAGCCGGCGAACAUCCUCGUACUCUCCAAGCGGCCGUGGUGGGUCAAGAUCAGCGACUUUGGUGUCAGCAAGCGCAUUGAAGGGUCGACGGCCUUGAGGACCAUGCAGCUCGGCACCUGGGGCUACAUCGCCCCUGAGGGCGACGACGGGGAGGACGACGAUGACGGCGAGGGUGUCAAUAAAUACACUCUCGCCGUGGACAUAUGGGCGCUCGGCGAGAUCGCCUUCCGCAUGAUCGCCUACGCGCCCUCCUUUAGCGAACCACGCCAAGUGAGUCGCUACGUCGUACGAAACGGCCCGUUCCCGACGGCCAAGCUCGUGGCUCGCGGUGCAAGCAAGUCCUGUCAAGAGUUCAUCCAGUGGACCAUGGCCGCUGGAGCUAGUCGCCGGCCCACGGCCGAUCAAGCUGCCGCUCAUGUCUGGCUCCAGAGUCUGGAG